AUGAUCUCACGUGUAUUCACCCGUUCAUUAGCUUCAACUCGUGUGUUGGCCAAUACUGCUGCUAAAAACACCAAACCACCAAUUCAAUUAUUUGGUAUUGAUGGAACUUAUGCCAACUCAUUAUACUCGGCCACAAUCCAACAAUCAGACAUGAACCAAACUUACAACUCAUUGAAGAAAGUUGAAAAUGUCAUCAAGGGAGAUCCAAAAUUAGAAGAAGCUUUAACUAAUCCUGCUUUAACUAAAGAUGAUAGAAUUUCCAUUGUUAAACAAGUCAAUAAGAAUUUACAAUUGGACAACACCACUGCUAAUUUCCUUUUGGUUUUGGCUGAAAACAACAGAUUGGGCAACUUUCCAUCAAUUUUCAAAAAAUUUGGUAUGUUGAAUGAUGCUCAUAAUGGUAUCAUUGAAGCUAAAGUCACUAGCGCCAAGCCAUUGGAAUCUAAAGUGUUGAAGAGAUUGGAAUCUUCGAUUGGUGGCAGCUCAUUUGUAGGACAGGGUAAGACUUUGAAGUUGAAGAAUGAAGUUAAUCCUGAUAUAAAAGGUGGUUUGAUUGUUGAAGUCGGUGAUAGAAUUGUUGAUGUUUCAAUUGCAAACAAGGUUGCCAAAUUGAACCAAACUUUGAGAGAAAACUUGUAA